AUGGCAAACCCGGUCCUAGAGGAAACCAGGGCGCUUGGAGGUUUAUCGGGCCCAUCAAACCUCAUUUUAAAACGACGCAAAUUGCGACAAGGGACAACAAGUUGCUGGGAAUGCAAGCACCGCAAGAAGAAGUGCGAAUUCGGAGCCGGAUCCACUACUUGUAACACCUGCCAACGACUUGGGUUGCCAUGCGUCAGUCAAGAUCUCAAAGAUCCUGUCAAUGUUCAUGAAGACCUUGGCCGCCGUCUUGACCAAGUGGAGGCGUUGGUGACUCAAUUAGUUCGCCAACGAAACGUCCACCGCCAAGAAUUAAAAAGGACUGGAAAACCUGAGCUGGCUUUGCCAACUUUGAGCUCGGUCAAUCAUGAACGAUUAUCUCGAGGCUGGUCCCUCACAGGGUACCUUUAUUCCAUGCUCCCAGAUCCGUCUACUGCUGCAGUGAUUUUAAAUAGCACCAAGCUAUUCUCCUCGCCUCUACAAAUAUCCCAGUCAAAAUCUGGCAAUACUCUAUCUCAUAAGAGACCGAGUGCAGAUCCUCUUUCGCUGAAUUCUCAUCCUGUUGUUUUUGCUCGGAGACUCGUUCAACUCGCCGUUUGCCUAAAGCAAUCCAAUGCCUUAUCCUCGGGGCAACUCAUAGUACACCUGAAUGAGUCCAUCGACGAUGCUGCGCAGCGAUAUUAUGACGCGGCAUCUCAAUACGGGGGAUAUCAUAUCACCAAUGGUGAUUUUCGGGCUGCAUGGGCUAUUCAACGUCGCGCAGCAAAUAUUUCUCAGGCAAUCGAUCUGCCAAAUUUGGCAAAAGAACCCGGUAGCCGAUCAGAGCAUCUGUGGUUCUAUAUCACCUAUAGUGACCGCUUUCUGUCACUCAUGCUCGGCCUUCCGUUCAAUGUUGCCGAUGAUACCUUUGCAAGUACGUCAAACCUUGCGGCCAGUGCUCCUGCGCAAAGGCUGGAGCGCAUACACGCACAUCUAGCGGGAUAUAUCAUCGCGCGAAAUUUACGGAUGCGAAAAAGUACUGGAUUCGAAGAAGACUCAUUUCAUUACGAACACUACGCCGAGACGAAGAACAUCGACGACUAUUUGAAGAGAGCCGCUCGAAUUCUACCAAACAGUUGGUGGUUGGCGCCAUCCUUGGACACUGUAUUCGAUGGUGAGUUGGAAAGAACAGCCAAGCUUCUGACGCAAAUGCACCAAUAUUAUUUGCUUGUUCUUUUGCACCAGCCUUAUACAAUUCAUAAUCAAAACGUGGAUUUGGAUAGGGAUUACUCAUACAGCAGAUUUGCCGCGGUGUCUGCGAGCCGUGAAGUGUUGUCACGCUAUCUCACAAUUCGCAACUACCAUCGCUCACCUUCAUAUCGGGCCCUGGAUGAAAAGGCUUUCAUGGCUUCAGUCACACUUCUUUUCUCUCACUUCUUCGGGCACGAAAAUGCAACUGCCUACUUCUUUGAACACCAGCGAUCGAGUGACCUUGGUACAAUCGAGAAAGUGACUGAUCUUUUUGAAGACCUUUCUGUCACACUCGAGGCUUCUGGCCUCUGCGGAUCGCAAAUACUGAGAAAAUUCAUGCAAGUUGAGGAGAAUGCUGCAAAUGGCUCUGUCUAUCGCACAUGGAGCAAAAUUGAGACUAGCACAAGUGCUGAUCAAGUCUGUGCUGAUCAAUUUGUUAUUCAACUUCCUAUCCCAUAUUUUGGUAUUAUUCUUAUCUCAGGUCAGUCCUCUAAUUAG